CCUCUUUGUGGCUUUCCAACAUGGAUGCUUUUCAGGGGAUUUUAAAAUUCUUCCUUAACCAGAAAACUGCUAUAGGCUAUAGCUUCAUGGCUCUGCUGACCGUGGGAGGCGAGCGGCUCUUUUCGCUCGUGGCUUUUAAGUGCCCCUGCAGCACCGAGAAUUCAGUCUAUGGGCUCGUUUUCCUCUUUGCUCCUGCCUGGGUGUUACUGAUCCUGGGAUUCUUCCUGAACAACAGGUCGUGGCGACUCUUCACAGGCUGCUGUGUGAACCCCAGGAAAAUCUUCCCUAGAGGCCGCAGCUGUCGCUUUUUCUACGUCCUUGGCCAGAUCAUUCUGAGUUCACUGGUGGCUCCAAUGAUGUGGCUUUCAGUAGCUUUGCUCAAUGGGACUUUUUACGAAUGUGCCAUGAGCGGGACGAAGAGUUCCAAACUCCUGGAUCUGAUUUGCAAAGGAAAGCCCAAAGAGUGCUGGGAAGAACUUCACAGAGUAUCUUGUGGCAAAACCAGCAUGACAUCCGUGGACAAUGAAGAGCUGAAACAGUCACUUCAAGCCCAGUCUCAGAUUCUAGGAUGGUGCCUGAUUUGUUCUGCAUCUUUCUUCUCUCUGGUCACCACUUGUUAUACUCGCUGCCGAUCUAAAGUUAGCUACCUUCAGCUGAAUUUUUGGAAGACGUAUGCACAGAAGGAGAAGGAGCAGUUGGAAAAUACAUUCCUGGACUACGCCAACAAGCUGAGUGAGAGGAACCUGAAGUGCUUUUUUGAAAACAAGAGGCCAGAGGCCUUCCCUAUGCCCAACUUUGCAGCCUGGGAGGCUGCUUCAGAACUGUAUUCUUUCCACCAAACCCGGCAACACUACAGCACCCUCCAUAGGGUGGUGGAGGAUGGUCUGGGACUUAACCCUGAGGAAAAUGAGACAACAAUGGUCCUGAUGGACACCACCCAACAUAUGUAG